AUGGCUCGCCAACAGAGUCUGAGCUCCAAGCUCCUCCAUGUCCUGCCCUUCGUCGCCUACUCGUCGGCUUCGGCGCUGUACUCGACGUAUAGCUUCAACCCGUUGACGCAUCUGGGAGGCAUCGCUCCCUACUUCGAGUCGCAGGACCCCCAGCCCUCCCCGGACGUUCCCCAAGGUUGCACGGCGGAGCGCGCCGCGUACCUCGUGCGCCAUGCGGCCAUCUACGCAAACGACUUCGACUUUGAGGAGUACAUCGAGCCCUUCCUCGAGAAGCUGGAGAACAAGACCGGGAUCGAGUGGAGCAAGAUCCCCUACCUGAACUUCCUGGCCGACUGGGACGCCCCCGUCUCCGAGGCCGAGACCUCCCUCCUGACCCGCGUGGGAAGACUGGAGGCGGCGCGGCUGGGCGUCGACCUCGAGUUCAGAUACCCCAACCUGCGACUGCCCAAGAGGGUCUGGACCUCCUCCGCCGAGAGGACCGUCAAGUCCGCGCAGUCCCUGGUCCGCGGCCUCGAGAGCGACGACAACACCAUGAACGUCGUCAGCAUCUACGAGUCCAAGGAGUCCGGCGCCGACAGCCUGACCCCCUACAAGGCCUGCCCGGCCUACUCCUCGUCCGCCGGCAGCGAGCAGUCCGCCGUCUUCCAGGAAAAAUACACCAAGCCCAUCAUCGCUCGCUUCAACGACCUCGCCCCGGACUUCAACUUCACCACUAGCGACGUCUUCGGCAUGCAGCAGCUCUGCGGCUACGAGACCGUCAUCCGCGGCAAGUCGCCCUUCUGCGACCUCGACCUCUUCACCCCGGACGACUGGCUCGCCUGGGAGUACACCGAAGACAUCCGCUACCACUACAACUCGGGCUACGGCCUGGACGCCUCCGGGUACGUCGGCCUCCCCUGGCUCAACGCCACCGCGAACCUCCUGCUGCAGGAGCGGGGCACCACCGACGAGGACAUCUACGUCAGCUUCACGCACCGUGAGCUGCCGCCCAUGGUCGCCGUCGCCAUGGGCCUCUUCAACAACUCCGAGUUCGUCGGCAGCGAGAGCCAGAUCAACGACACGAUGCCGCUCGACCGCAUCAACUACCGCCGCGCCUGGAGGGCCUCCAACAUCCUGCCGUUCCUCGGCAACAUCGCCAUCGAGCGCCUGAACUGCACCGGGGCCUACGGCUACGACGACGGCGACUUCUACCGCGUGCUGGUGAACAGCGCCCCGCAGCCCUUGGCCGGCUGCGCCGACGGGCCCGGGACCAGCUGCUCGAGGGACGGGUUCAGCAAGUACCUGCAGGAGAGGGUCGACAAGUUCUCCGGCUUCUCCGAGAAGUGCGGCGUCGAGUACGACAACAGCACCGACGUGCUGUCGAUUUACACCGACCCCUCUGUCGGGAACGGCACUGUCGUGGGAAAGCGAUACGCGCCAUUUUCUCAAUGA